GGUGCUAAUCAGUGGAUUUCACUAGUUGCAGUUUGGAUAGUCAUACAGAGCACAUCGUCGUCGUGUGGUCCAGCCAGAUAGGAGACCCAGUAGAGACCAGAAGUGUCGGUGUUUCGGAUCUAAUUCUUGGAUUCGGAACAGGUCGUGUGCGGGCGUGUUUCGGUAGUUUAAGAAAGUCAAAAAAAAAAGGCCAUCAUCUCUCCAUCAAAAUGUGCAACCGAUCGUUGGUUCUGGAGCUGCUGCUGGUGGUGACCCUCGCCUCGUCUGCCCUCAGUGCUGCUUCGUGCUCGUGGCGGGCGGCCGGAAGCAACUGGUUCGGCGGAGAAAUCUGCAUCCUGCAGAAGGUGUACGAUGACUGCCAGGAGAAGAGCGAUUUCACAGAGUGCCUGAAGCAGAAGGCGCUGACCUCGCUGUCGAGAGCGAUUGACAUGGAUUCCAUUCAACUGGUCGAUGGAGUAACCCUAGUCAAGCAGAACGUAUCGGAUGACACCGAAAACGAAACUGUUCCCGAAUUGUCGGAUGCCCGCGCCCUGGAAGGCCUGAGCAGCACCGAUCGUUCCCUCAUCCAAAAGCUGGACAAAUUCCUGAAGACACACACCGUCAAGAUGGAUCUGGCCACCGAAGGUCGAGGUCGAGGCGAGAAGAACAAGGGAAGCCGAUACAUCAUUGCUGCCAUGCUCACCGCCAUGGGUAUUGCAGGCCCUAUCGGUUUGAAGACUUUGGGAGCUAUCGCCUUCAAGGCUCUGGUUAUCUCCAAGGUUGCCCUGACCAUUGCCAGUAUAUUGGCUCUGAAGAAGAUCUUCAAGAGCGACCACCACGAGGAAACCAGCUUCCAGGUGCACACCGGACACGAUAACCGCCGUAACACCUACGUCGUCCGCCCGGCCCGAAUCCCCAAUGACCCCUACCGGUACUACUACGAACAGCCUGUCUAUUAAGAAACAUGUCACCCCCAAACCGGACAAUCCAAACACACACAACCGAAAGCCAAAAUCAUACCCUUAUCAGUCAAACCAUUUUCGAAUGGAGAAAAUGGAAGCAAUUGGAACGUGCAACAUUGAAAUGUUUCCGCUAGAAUGGAAAUAACAAUGGAAUCGCAUCAGUUCCGAAACUGCAAUAGAACAAUUCAGAACAACACGGGCAACAAGAAAUGCAAGAACAGCGCACACAGGAAAGAUCAGCGAAGAUAAGAUGAAUGAAAGAGAAGGAAGCAAAAGAUCAGAGAUGAAGUAACCCGCCAGGAUAUGCCUACUACCUCUCUUGGUCUGCACAGUGAUUGUCGUGUAAUUGUUAUUUAUUUUAUUAUUGGAAACGCGUAAUUUAUUUAUUUAUUGAAAAAACAACGAUGUCCCUCCUGUUUUGUCGAUAAGCUUAAAUUAUUGUUGUGCAAUAAACGAAAAACAUAUGGUGAAAUUUGGUCGGGGUUUGUUUUUUGACUGAGGUAGAUAAUAUGCAGAUCAUUGGUGUUUUCUGUUCGAUUUCUAAUGUGACUAACACAAUU